GCUGGACUAGUAGUACAUGCCUGUAGUACAGCACUCAAGAGGCUGCAGCAAGGAACUGACUAAAUUGGAGUCAGAUUGGAAUAUACAGUAACUUCCAGGCCAGCUUGAACUACGUUGUCAGAGAGACAGGCCUGAGGAAACUCUUGAGACUCUUCUGCUAGAAGGGCUGACUGGAUGGGCACAAUCUUCCGUUUUCUCAGAUUUGAAAAGCAGCCCUUUGAUCACUACCAACUGAACAAACAAGUUCUUACUCAGGAUAAAUGUCAGGCCCUCCACUUGAAUUCAAACAUGUAAUUCAACUUGUCCAGAGCAAGAGAUUAAGCCAAAAACAACAACAAAAAAGUGGCAUUUAAAAAAAAGAAACAACAACCCUGUGCUUUAACUUGAUGGUCUUCUGGGGGUGCGCCCACAGCAGAACUCAACUGGAGGUGGAGAACCCCAGCUCAAGGUGCACAAGAACCAAGAGCUCUCUGUAGAAGCCACACACACUAGGGUCCCCUGGAGCAGGGUUUGAGCAGAAAGGAAAAGAGGGGAGGGGCAGGGGAUGAUCCAGUCUUUCCCAUCAAGAGAAGGUAAUGAGUCCAAGAGUAGCCAGAGUGAGCUCCUGCUAGCCCCAGCUUGGGCUCGUCCGUGCUUGUCCGCUCUCCUGCAGCAAUGGCAGAUCUGGACUGCUUCUGUGCAGGGGCACGUUCAUCCCCAGGUGCAUGGGCUCCAUGUGGCCUGAGAUAUUCCUACCCAAGAGGUCAAUGAGGCUGACUGACCACAAAGAGCAGCGGACUUAGCAUGGUGGGACACGGGGCACAAUGACAAUGAAUGAUGGACUGGCUUUUUCUUACUUGCCGGACGUAGGCCUUCAUUUCCUCAUCUCUAACAAUCUUUCUCUGUCUCUUGGAUGUUUUCAGGCAGAUGGCAUGGUGUAUAUAAAGGAACCGUGUAUAAUACAAUUCUAAUUAUUCCUUGUAAAGGUCCCUUUUGUGCACUGUGCCCCAGGGCACUGGCUAGGCAGGUUCGGCCACCUGCCUCUUCUUAGGGAGGUACCACCCCUGGGAUAAGCCUCUGAGGCUGAGCACCUGCAUCCUCAAAGCCACAGCAACACGAGGCUGGUGGUUUGCCAGCGCUGGGUGAACUGGAGACAGGGCUCAGCUUCCAGCCUUUAACUCCACAUUGUGAAGAACAGUCACUGGGUAGAAGACAGGGCAAGUGAGUCUAGAGGUGACCCCGUGCAGAGAGCAAGGAGGCAAUACAGCCCCUGCCACUCUGACCUGUCUUUCCCUGCCUGGACACUAGCAUGUAGGAAGCCAGCCUGGGACAUAGUCCUCUUGGGCUGACCCUGACAAUAAAGGUUGAGUUCCUACCAACUCAACAGUGUGCUUCAAAACACCCCCCCCCUCCAGGGCCUUGGUUUCUCCCCUGCAAAUGAGACCGUUAAUGCCUUCAGAUGCAUCCACAGCUUCACGCCAUUAGGGCACUGUAAUGCAGGCUGGUCUGGCUUGAGCACUGAUUUGGCCUCAACUUGGUCAGUUAUUUAACAUGUAACAUCUAUGCUCAUCUCUAGGAUCACUUGUGAAAACUGGAGAUGCUCCGGCGGAUUUGCUCAACACAGAGGCACACAGUAAGUGAUUUUUAUCAUCUAAAGGAUCCUGUCACCACCAGAUACCGUAGUGUUUCGGGAAAUGCACAGGUUUCUGAUAGAGAGAAAUGCGAAAGAGUUGUGUCUGUCACUAGGUCACACGCCAAGAAAGAGGCAAGCCCAAGGAAGGGUCUGGAGAAAAAUCCAUCCCAUCCCUCUUCCCUUAGUCAUGGUAGAGUAGGGAGAUGGCUCUAAAGCCAGGAAGUGGGGUUCCAGCCGAAAGGAACCGAUUGCUGCCUGAGUCCUAGUGUUUGCAGCCCCUUUCGAGAGAGGAAAUGAGGUGGGGACGGGGAAGAUGCCGCCAGAGGCCAGGAACCCGGUCUCCCCAGGCUAGGUCUGAUGUGUCCCUGGCCGGCAGGCGUGCCGGAGCAGCGCUGGUCCAUGCAGGUGCCCUCCGAGGUGAGCGCGGAGGCGGGCGACGCGGCGAUGCUGCCCUGCACCUUCACGCACCCGCACCGCCACUACGACGGGCCGCUGACGGCCAUCUGGCGCGCGGGCGAGCCGUACGCGGGCCCGCAGGUGUUCCGAUGCACCGCGGCGCGAGGCAGCGAGCUGUGCCAGACGGCUCUGAGCCUGCAAGGCCGCUUCCGCCUGCUGGGCAACCCGCGCCACAACGACCUGUCACUGCGCGUCGAGCGCCUCGCCCUGGCGGACAGUGGCCGCUACUUCUGCCGCGUGGAGUUCGCCGGCGACGCCCACGACCGCUAUGAGAGCCGCCACGGGGUCCGGCUGCGCGUGACCGCUGCACCGCGGAUCGUCAACAUCUCGGUGCUGCCAGGCCCCGCGCACGCCUUCCGCGCACUCUGCACCGCCGAGGGGGAGCCCCCACCUGCCCUCUCCUGGUCCGGCCCCGCCCUGGGCAACAGCUCGGCGGCCGAGCAGAGCCAGGGUCACGGUUACCAGGUGACCGCCGAGCUGCCGGCGCUGACCCGAGAUGGGCGCUACACGUGCACGGCAGCCAAUAGCCUGGGCCGCGCAGAGGCCAGCGUCUACCUGUUCCGCUUCCGUGGCGCCCCCGGAGCCUCCACCCUGGCGCUCCUACUCGGCGCGCUGGGUCUCAAGGCACUGCUGCUGCUUGGUGUUCUGGGUGCGCGAGCCACCCGCAAACGACUAGAUCACCUGGUCACUCAGGAUACCCCUCCACGGUCUCAGGCUCAGGAGUCCAAUUAUGAGAACCUGAACCAGAUGAGUCCCCCAGGCCACCAGCUGCCACGUGUUUACUGUGAGGAACUUCUGGGCCACCAUCAUCCAGUCGUGCACCGUGAGAAGUGAAGGACAGUACCAGGCUAGACCUGUGCAGCUCCUUCUAAUUCCCCAGGCUUCUUGGCAGCUAUGGGCUAGGUGACUUCCAAGGGGACACAGGACCCUGCUCACAGAGGUUUGGAGCCAACAAUCUGGAUGUGUGUAUCUAUACAUACAUAUACACAUAUGUCCACCUGAGCCUUAGCAUGAAACUGCCCUUGUUUUUCCUUACUUAGAACCAUAUAGUAAAGCAGAUGGGAAACUAGCCAUACGGUCUGGAGGUCCAGGCUCCAGCCUGCUCUGGCACCAACUUUGCAGUGUAGACCAGGACACAUUCUUGAUGUCUCUAGGACUCAGCUUCUCCAUGACUGGCCAGUUUGUCUGAACUGAGGAAACAGUAGAUCUGAAGGAGCUGUGUGAACUGCAAACCAAUCACAACGGUGGGCUCUGGACAUGCAGAAAUUAAGUAACUGCAGCUCUGCACAGCCUUGGGAGAACAAAGCACUCCAGAGAACAACCCUGGGGCUGGAGCUGUGGAAACUGCUCAGAGGAACAGCAAACCCUGGAAACUUGGUAGCAAGAAGAGGCCUGGAGCCUCCUGAGGUCUCCACAGGGACCAUCCCAGCCCUCUGCCCAGCUGCUAUCAUGUCAACAGAUCCACACUGCUUUCAGCUGGGACCCACCAGGUGAAGCAAACUGGAAAUCCAUUGUCUCAAGCAUCCGAAGGCUUUGAGACAUAUGCCAAGAACUGGAAGACCUGAAGGGGCACUGGGUUCUAGUGAAUAAGACAGCUGUGUCUCUGACCUCUCUCUCAGCGUCCACCCUCCAAGAAUGUGCAAAGUCCAAGAGCACUGGCACCCUCUCCCCACCUGUCUUCCAUCCCAUCCAGGCAAACUUCAAGAGCAGUGCUUUCCUUAUUUAUACUUCGGUGUGCGUUUGUUGAUCCUGAUGAAGAAGAGGUAUACUUGGGGCCAACUCAGCCCCGAGACAGGAGGCUAAAGAGACCAUGUUUUCCCAGGGACCAUCUCUAGAGGUUGAGGAAGGUGGGCUUCCAGGCUUUCCUCGACACCAGCAAGAGCUAUUAAGAGAUCACAAGAGUUGACAUCUGGACCUCCUUGCAGAGGGGAGCUUUAGAGCAUCUCCAGAAAGAGACUUGCAUCACCAAGAGUAAAGAUAGGGGCGUGGUUACGGUGUGAAUUACCACAUCACUAACCAAGAGAAUUCUAUGAAUUGCUGCUUACAUACUUUGUUGUGUUAUGAAUUCGUAUUUGAGAUUAUGAGACUAGAGAUGACAUCAUCAGUCAGGGGAGCUAGGCUGUACUGCUGUAACAAGCCCUAAAUCACGGUGGCUGGAAAUGGUAUUUGUUUUGCAUUGUAUUAGGAUUCUCUAGAGGAACAGAAUUUAUGGAAUGAAUAUGUGGAGGGAGAAAGGAGGAGUGAUUUAUUAGGAUGGGUGGGUGACAGGCUUGGUUCAGUUAGUCCAAAAAUGGCUGUCUACCAAAGGAAAGUCCAGGAAUCUAGGAGUUGUUCAAUCCACUAGGGCUGGAUGUCUUAGCUGGUCUGUCAUAUAUUCCAGACCCCCAAAGAAGUAGGCUCUAAUGUCAGUGCAGGAAUGGACUUGUCUGCAGAAGAAAGCACAAGCAGGCAAGGAGAGCAAGCUUCUUUCUUCUGUGUCCUUCAUAUAGGCUGCUAGCAGAAGGUGUGGCCCAGAUUAAAGGUGGAUUUCCCAUCUCAAAAGAUCAGGAUUAAAAGUGAGUCUUCACACUUUGAAUGAUUUGAUUAAGAAGCACCCUCACAGGUGUGCCCAGCCACUUGGGUUUCGGUUAAUUCCACAUAUGGUCAAGUGGACAACCAAGAACAGCCCACGCUCAUCCCAUUCCCGUUGCAGAUUGGCGGCGAGGUUCAUUGUUGUUGAUUAGGAAACCAGAUUGCAGGGAUCCAUCUCUGAUGUUGUGAAUUGCUAGACUGGAGGCAAAAAGAAUCCUCUACAAGACAGUACAACCGUAAACGGUAGAUGAGGAACACUAGGGAAAUUUGUGAGAACACUGAGAAUCGCCUUGGUUGGUAGCACAGUAAUCCCUUCCAGAAAUGCUUGGAAGCUACACAGUGAGUCGCAAACCAUGCAUGUGAAACGGGCUCACUGACCCUGUCUUGGGAAGGCUUCCUGGAAGAGCAUAUGUGAAGAUGGUAUGCACUGGCUGUGCUGAUGGGGGAAUGGAGAUUGGAAGGAAGAAAGGGAGGGCAGUUGAAGCAUAGGAACAAUCCAAGCAAAGAUGUCAUGGUAUGGACAGUUAUUUGUUCCUAGAGCAUGAAGGAAGGGACAGGGUGUGGACAUUCACCCCGCUGAAUGGAGGGUGCUGCCCUGUUGUAGGGUACCCACCAGAGAAUACCGCUCAGACAUGGUUUAAGCCAAUAGGAAGUCUUUAUUAGCCAGCUAGCAACUACACUGGGUGCUCAGAACCCCAGUGUAGCAUGAAGACUUUCUCAGGGUGAGCUUUUAAGCACAAAACCCAUAUCCUGGGCUGAGAUACCUCAGUUAACAAGAACAGUUAGCCAGAAGCAGAACUCCAGAAGCCGAAGGCAAGGUUAGCACAUUCCAACUUUCCCAGAACUAUGGACUUUGAUGGAUUUGCUCUUUGUUUUCUUUUUAGCUGGUGGUGCUGUGCUGACUUUUAUGGUCUGAAUGGUACUUUGAUCAUGGAGUCAGUUGUGCUAAAGUCUGGGGUCUUACAAAGGUCUGGGGGCCUGUUCCACCCCUAGCUGGGGUGAGGGUAACAGGAGUUGGCACUCAAGGGACUGACUUUGGUGCUAGGCUCCUGUUACUGCUAUACAGGACUUCCUGCUGUCAUUCAUCAUCUCCCGUGAAAUCUGAAGCUUCCGUGUUGGGAAUACCUGGGAGCUGUUUAAAUAAAUAUCCAU